GUACACAGUUUGGCGGUCAUUCCCAUUUCAAAUUCGAUUUAAACUUUCCACACUCAACGGUGGAACCCUAGAAUUUCUUCUACUCGCUCGCCCACAAGAAGAACAAAUCAUGAAGAUCAAGAAACCUCUCAAGGAAUUGAAACUCUCCGUCCCAGCUCAAAAAUCCCCCAUUUCCACCUUCUUGACGGCGAGUGGGACCUUUCACGACGGCGAUUUACUUUUGAAUCAGAAAGGCCUCCGAUUGAUUUCCGACGACAAUGAAUCCCUUCCAUCAGAAACAAAGGAGAUUGAUCUUCAAUUCUCGUUGGAGGAUCUUGAGACAAUCAAAGUCAUCGGAAAGGGAAGCGGUGGUGUCGUCCAACUUGUUCGCCAUAAAUGGGUCGGAACCUUGUUUGCCUUGAAGGUUAUCCAGAUGAAUAUACAAGAAGAGAUUCGCAAACAAAUCGUUCAGGAGCUUAAAAUAAAUCAAGCAUCACAAUGUGAAAAUGUUGUUGUGUGCUAUCACUCAUUCUAUCACAAUGGAGCUAUAUCUCUUGUGUUUGAAUACAUGGAUCGUGGAUCACUAGUUGAUAUAAUCAGACAAGUAAAGACAAUCCUUGAACCAUAUCUUGCUGUUCUUUGCAAACAGGUUUUGCAAGGCCUCGUUUACUUGCAUCACGAGAGACAUGUUAUACAUAGAGACAUAAAGCCUUCGAACCUGCUAGUGAAUCACAAAGGGGAAGUGAAAAUUACGGAUUUUGGUGUUAGUGCUAUGCUUGCUAGCUCUAUGGGCCAAAGGGACACAUUUGUUGGGACUUACAAUUACAUGGCACCUGAAAGAAUCAGUGGAAGCACCUAUGACAAUAAAAGCGACAUAUGGAGUCUGGGCAUGGUGAUUCUUGAGUGUGCAAUUGGGCAUUUUCCUUACACCAAAGCUGAAGAUCAACAAAACGGGCCAAGCUUUUACGAGCUUUUGCAGGCAAUUGUUGGAAGUCCACCGCCUUCUGCUCCAGCAGAUCAAUUUUCUCCUGAAUUCUGUUCAUUCGUUUCAGCCUGCAUACAAAAGGAUCCUAGAGACAGAUCUUCGUCUUUGGAACUACUGAGCCACCCAUUUAUCAAGAAGUUUGAAGAUAAAGACAUCGAUCUCAGCAUUUUGGUCGCUAGUUUGGAGGCGCCCGUAAAUUUCGCCAGAUAAUCAAUCAUGUUCCUUAAUUUGGAGUGCAAUUUCGUUUUUAUAUACUGUAUCAGCUGUUGUAUCAUGUAUUCCAUCUCUACAUAUUAACCAGCUCAAGCAUUCUACAGAUUUGUAUUGUGACAUUGUGAAGAUUUUGAUGUUACUUGCUAAUGGUAUGCAGCCGCCGUUAUCAUGUUACAUAGUUAUGAAGCUAAAACAUUUUAUUAGCUAUUUUAGUUAUGAAGAAAUCAAAAUGAAUGAAUGUUCUC